GAUUAAGCCAUUAUUCAUCUAGCGCAUAUAAUGGAAGGAGUGGCCACAACGUCUACGCCCCAGAGAAGAGUACAAACUCGCGCUGGGCAUCGAAAAAAUAAUGGUGACAAGCGGGGCUGCUGUGAUUUGGAGAAUGACUCUUCUGGUGCUCCCCAAAUGGCCCCCACUGCCAAACUCCAGAAGCACACACAUGAGCUGGAGCUCGCUAAAAUGAAAAUAGCUUGUCAGGAGGAAAUGAUCAAACAGCUAACCAAGGAGAGAGACUUUCUAAAAGACCAUCUUGCUCGGACAUCAAGAAACAUGAACAAUGAUGACCCAUCCCCUGAAGCAUUUGCAUCACAUGCUGACUGUUCUGGAUCCUCCAACUCGAGCUCAGAUUCAUUCUCGACCGACCCUUCCUCAGACUCCUCAAGCUCCUCUACUUCUGAUGAUAGGAAGAAGAGAAAGAAGAAGGGGAAGAAAGGAACAAGGGAGAGACGAAACAAACGGAGUAGUAUUGCAAGAGCACGUGGGCCAGAUGAGGUAAUUGCACGUUACCGUAAAGUGUUGAAGGCCUACAAGAGGAAGAAGAGCAUCACUGCUGCUUGCAAAAUAGUAGGAGUUGAUCGCAACACAAUUGCCCUGAAUGCACAAAUUGCAGAGCUUUCCAUCGCUGCCCCUGAAAAGUUUGCAGAGUUCAAAGAACAACAUACAAGAAAGCACAAGCUUGGUGAUUUUGCUGGGAAAUGUGUAGAUGCCAUCCGUGAUGAUGCAGAUAUUGACAGCAGAGUUAAAGCACUUAAAAAAUCAGGGAAACUGUUGCCUGUUGGAAAGGGGGACUUUUGAAUCGUUUUGUGAAAUGUAAAAUGUUAAAGGUUUAGUGGCAUUUAAAAAAAAUCUACCUCAGUUUUUUGUUGCACUUCUUAAAUGUGGAAACACCUGUUUUAGCUGAUUUUUAUUUUGCAAAGUUUGACGGGUAAAAGUUAAUGUUGCACUUUGCGAAACUUCCAUGUUAACUGAUGUCUUAAAUAAUACCUCCCAAUAUUCAAAGUUAAAAAGUCUCCUGUUAAAAAAAUUUA